CCCACACUAAGCCAUUGAUUCGAGCGCGGACUCUAAACGCAACCAAGUUCCUACAUAUCCUCGUCAAACGCACUUCACUUCACUCUACUUUCCAACUUCCACGAUGAUCCCUCUCUUCUUCCACUUUCUCCUUCUCUCCUACGCCUUUACUUCCACCGCUACAACCGCAUAUCCUUCCAUCCCCGGCACCGAUUCUAUCACCGACUGCGGCCUCUCGGGAGGAGACGAGAAUCCAAUCCCCAUCCGUCGCGAAGUCUACGGUAAUGGCAGAAUAUUCGACAUCAGCCAUAGAUACACCGCCGAUAUGCCGUCGUGGGAAUCCAAAGACGGCAUAGGACAGUUCCUUUGGUUGCCAAAAAGCAUGAAGAACGGUUCCCUCGCUAAUAAUUCGGAGAUGAAACUUCCCACCCACACCGGCACGCACCUUGACGCCCCCGGCCACGUCAUUGAUCGGUACUUCGAUGCCGGCUUCGAUGUCGAUACGCUCGAUUUGGAAGUACUUAAUGGUCCUGCACUAUUGAUAGAUGUUCCAAGAAAUAAAAACAUAACUGCUGAGGUUAUGGAGUCUUUAAAAAUACCCGAGGGAGUACGUAGAGUUCUUUUUAGAACAUUAAAUACUGACAGGCGGCUUAUGUUCAAGAAAGAGUUUGAUACAAGCUAUGUGGGGUUUAUGAAGGAUGGCGCAGAAUGGUUGGUUAAAAACACUGACAUCAAACUUGUUGGAAUUGAUUACUUAUCUGUUGCUGCCUUUGAUGAUUUGAUACCAUCUCAUCUUGUUUUCCUAGAAGGCCGGGAAAUCAUUCUUGUGGAAGGCCUAAAACUUGAUGACAUUCAACCUGGAAUAUAUUCAGUCCAUUGCUUACCUUUAAGGUUGCUUGGUGCUGAAGGAUCGCCAACAAGAUGCAUUCUCAUCAAAUGAUGUAUUUUCCUUGGAAAUGAUAGCGUUAGAGUGUGGUGCUGAUCAGAAUAAGACAAAAAAUGGGUUUAUGAGUUAGAACUGGAUGGGGAGAUGCAGACAGAAAUUUAGUUUCAUUGAAGAGCACUUUUAGCGGCCAAAAAAAGUACACUUUUCUUGUAAAAUAUCAUAUGCUAUAUGUUUAGGUUAUUAAUUGAUGAGAUAAAUAAUACUAGACACUUAUUUGGUAGUGCUUCUGAAUAUCAUGGUUGGACUAGAUUUGGUCACUGAUGGUAAUUGUUGGGAAUGAUUUCUUGUCAUCCUCAAAUAAUUUUCACAGAUCCAUCAUUGGAAAAGCCAUCUUUAUGGAAGAUAAAUAUGUGGGUUGUGUUUGUAUGUGCGGCUCUUUGCUACUUUUAUUUUUUUGGGCCAUAACUUGUUUGUUAGCUUCAUAUACAGCUCGAGAGUUAUACAAGUAUGUUAAGCCACCGAUCGGUCUUGGUAUAUUUAGGAUGCAUUUAUGUGAUUCAGAUUGUGAUUAAGUUUGACAGCUUGAUUGGAUUGGGAAGCAAAUCUAUGGUUUUGACUUGGGAUUGCAACCGCUAAUGCCUAACAAAUUCUAGAUUGUUCAGCAUUCAUUUGAAUGCUUGGUGGGAGAACUUUUAUUCUAUCAUGCAUGUCGUUUUAUUUACUGGAUCAGUAGAUGUCUAAUGGCACAUUUAGUUCACAGAAUGGAAGAGAGGAAAUGGAAAAAAUAUUUUGUUGGA